AUGCCCACCACAAUCAUUCUGCGAGAAGAUUACCUUUACUUCUGGGCGUAUACCGCAUUCUUCCAGCUCUCCAGAACAAGCCGCAGCAGCCCGUCGUUUGCCUCAAAGCUCGAGGCAGGCCUCCACCGCUUCGGCCUCCUCGAUGCCCACGACGACUGGUGCGGCGAUGUCGUCGAGCUCGCCGCCAUCUCGGAUGCCCGCGACUUUUCGAUAGAGGAGCUGGACACCUGGAACUAUUAUGUGCCAGAGGAUCGCGAAGUGUCAGAGUGGCAUCUGUACUACGCGUUUGUCAUCACGUGGAACAAGGAACACAGUAUUGCUAAGAGGACUGGGUUGGCGAAGGUGUAUCAGCGGGCGUUUGACGUGGCUUCUUUUCACCCUGGCAAAAAGUGGAAGGAGACCACUCUCGGGUAG